AUUAAAUGUGACAGCAGAUUGUCUUCUUAUCUGAAGUCUGCUUUGAGACUUUUGAGACGUGAAUUACUUGACUACCUUUAAGCGAUGACAGAGACCUGGUUCAGUGCUUUGCUGCUUAGUGUCACAAGUCUCGUUUUAUUACAAGCAGAUGAAUGCAUAGUAGGAGUGAUUGGGGAGAAUGCCCUCCUUCCUUGUGUCUAUAAUGGGGUGAAAAAUUUGACCUUCCUGCACAUCUCAUCUGAAUGGAAAAAAGGGAUGGAUGUAAUACACUCCUCAGUCUGGACAGAGGGCCAGGUGGAAUUGCAAAAUGUUUCCCACAGUAUCCGGACCACAGUGUCAUCUUUGGCCCCAAAGACUGGAGACUUCUCCAUGGAGCUACAUGAUAUACAUUUAUCAGACACACAUAAUUACAGUUUUCAUCUGAAGCUUGAUGGGCAAGAUAGCAGUCCUCCGAUCUGCACCGUCUGCCUCAAUGUAGAAGCUGGUGUUAGGUCAAUUGCAGAAGUGGGACGGCUGUCAGAGGCCAUGUGGAUGUUCAGCACGGCUCUUUGUGUGGUUGUAUUCUUACUGGUAGCUUUGUCUCUAGGUUUCCAAAUUAAAUGGGAUCGAGAUAGAAGGAGAGAGCAUCAUAGAUGUGGAGAUGAUUCAUCUAGUGAGGGAACUGAGAUGAUUUUGAUGGAUAUGGAGCAAUGGAUGUCCCUUCCAGAAACAGAUGUGUAACAUUAUCUGAAAAUGCAUUUUUGGUUGAUGGUACUGACUGUCAUACUUCUCAUUAACACUAAGAUCUACUGAAUUGAUUCAUUGUUGCAUUUCAGAGGAUGAAUCAGCCAGGGGCAAAAAUUACACUGUCAGAGAUGUGAAUAAAUGUAAAAAGGGACUGCUACAGGACAAAUGUUAUUCGUUGCCUUUGGUUAAACCUAUUAAUGUGCACCCCCUUGUUUUGAGCACAAGCCUUAAAGGACAUACUCAAAAUAAAAUGGCUGUAGUUCAUCCCCACAUUGUAUUACAGGCAUAAUUUAGGUCUUUUUGAAGAUUAAACUUGGAAGUUUGUUGUUAAAAAGUAAAAAUCAAUAAAAGUCAUGAAAAAAAAUUGUUAGAACAGUUCACAUUAUUUGUAAAGUGACCAGCCAUCAACUGGUUCGUUUAAUGCUUGAUACGUAAUUUAUUUAUUCACGUUAGCGCCAUCUUUGAUUUUUAAUGGGAAUGACAACGAGGCUGUGUGGGAUAACUUCUAGUGCGAUUGCUCUGUUAGUGCGGUUCAUCUGAACAAGUGUGAACGCUGUCACCCGAACUUUGGUGCACACCAAACAAGCGGACCGAGACCGCCUGAAUAGUGGGUCUUGGACCGCUUCCAAACGAACUCUGGUGCGGUUCGAUUGAUAUAUGAACGCAACCUGGACCAAAGACGUCUAAACAGACCAAAAACAGGAAGUAAUUUGCCUAAUACUGACCUCAAGCAUACAUGGUUCUUCUCAUCAUAGGAGCUAUGUUACCCAUUACAGUUCGGUACAGGCAUCAGAACCGCCGUCAGCCGUCCUUGCAGCAUAUCUUCAUUUGUGUGUACAACGGAGGAAUUCCUGGCACUGUUUUGACUCCUUUACACAUUUUAUUAGCUCUUCAUUUGUUCUCAGCUGGUAAAAAUACCACCAUAUAUACAUAUAUAAAUAUAACGAGUGCAUUUCGCCCAGCAGCCAGCAUUGUUUUGGAUGAUCGGCAAGUUCUGUCAAAAAAUAUACGUCAUAAAAGCUGUCCAAUCAGGUUGUGACUUUUUCCUGAUGCCUUUGGUUUUGUAUCGAUAGGUUCGGUGUUAAAAAUGCCAGUGUGAACGCUAAGCGAACCAGGACUAAAUGUAUCAUUUUCUUUUUUGGUCCAGACCAAAAGGACCAAGAGAACCGAACUACAAGUGUGAACAUGGGUGCUUUCACACUGGCAGUUUAGUUCGAAACAGAGCACGGUUCGCGUUAAAAAUUGGUAAUGUGAAAGCUGUCAUGUGGACUGGGGAGUGCACCGUGGUACCGAACCCGAGACUACCUGUAGGAGGUGGUCUGUGUUCAGUUGCAAUUCGCGUGAAUGUGAAAGCAACUCGGACUCGGUUGCGCACUCGUUCAGGAAGUAAAGUAACCUGCGCAUGCAUUUUAGCCGAUGACGACAUCAUUAGUUUCGACAACACACGAGGAUCCACACAUUCCUGAAAGUCCCAAAAAAGUAAUGACACCACAAUGACAUAUAAGUACAAUCAACACUAUAAAUACUGUCUGUCUGUCUAUCUAUCUAUACAGCUUAUAAAUACUAUAUAUAAAUGCUAUUAUAGGUUAUAAAUAUAGGGUAUAAUAGGAGAUGUCAGUGGCGAUAACUUCACCUUGGACACGAGCGUAAGCGUGCAGUGUAAACAAAGAUGCAAAUGCAUUCCUUGCAAUCAGCUGUCUCCUCAAAAAACACAGUUUGCGAGCAGCGGCAAGCCGCCUUCCCCUUAGUUACUCCAUGAAGAGCACAUAUACACAGUUGUUAUUCACUCUGCUGUGCAUAAUGCACCAAAAUGACAAAAAAACAAAAAGGUAUAAUGAGUCGCGUUGUGUUCUCCAUGCGUGUUUGUGAUGACGUAAGAUGAACGCAAAUGGACCGGGGUUCGAUAGAAUCAAGUGAGUGUGAAACCAGACCAACGCUGCAGGGGGCACCGGGAACAAUCGCACUCGGAAUCGGACCGCAGCAAACGUGCCCAGUGUGAAAGCCCCCUUACAUGGGCUGUACUGCAGUUUAAAGUGUUUUUGGAUCGUUCCGCGGACAAAACAUUAAAAAAAUAUCUGUCCAAGAGCAUUCAGUAUACAAAGAACUCCAGACAACAUGAGUUGUGGAAAAUCAUUUGUGAUCUAGAAGCUUUUACAGCUUUGUACCGUUCGUGCCAUUAAAAACAUGGUAAGUUUAUCCCUCACAGCCUCAUUGUCAUUCCCAUUAAAAAUCAAAGAUGGCGCUAGCGUGAAUAAGGUCUGAGGUAUGCAUGAUGUCAUAACUUCCUCUUUAUCUUGAUCAUAUUUCGACAGAGAAAUGAACUUGUGCGCCUUCUAGCUUCGUGGAGGUUUGGAAAUCAACUUAUGAAAUAAUUACAACAUGUCAGCGGAUCAUAUCGCAUAAUUUAGUGGAAAAUUUACAUAAUUCUUGUGCAGUAAAAAUGUGAAUAUAUCAAAAUUUCCGUAAAUGUGCACACUGUUGGACUAAAUGUUCUAUUGGAUGUUGUUCAAUGGAGCCUGGGACAACUCAAAGGGAGAUUAGGCUACAUCAUUGAAUAGGUACGUGCGUCUUUAUAACGGUUUCAUUUUCAUAACUCUCGCUUUGAUAUUUUGAUAUGUUAACAUAAAUUAAGAAAUUACUCGGGCAGUAACAUUUCUAUUGUGAAACAUUUGCUAAAUAUCAAAGCUGAAGUAUUAGACCUUUCUUAUGAUGUAUAGUUUGUAACAAUUAAAUAAGAAUUGAAUGUUAAUAACAUACAGUUAAUGCAAACAAUACCAAUCGUAUGAUCCAUUUAAUCCAAAUUUUUUCCCAGCUAAUUGAAGACAUGUAUUGUACUCCCUGGAUACCCCAGUGAAACAAACUACAUGCCUUUUCUAAUAAAUGUUUUAAAGUAUGCACUUUGUUUUUGGUCACAUUUGUAACCCGUGGGAAGCUACAGAGUUAAAUUUAAAUAUUUUUUUACCAACUUGCAAUUGUGGGGGGAAAGGGAAUGUUAAACCUAGAAUAACUGUAUAUUUCUUUUAAUUUUACUCGUUUCAUUUAGUAUAACAAACUUUGAAAUCUGCAAUUUUAUAAUGGGAGUCAAUCAGUCACCUAUUCAUAAAUGAGGCUCACACUGAAAGACAUGUCAACUUCCCAAAAGUAUUUGAUGUCAACAACUGUACAGUAAAUGAAAAUUAUGUAAAUUGAUGUACUUUGAUAAUAAAUCGAAUUGUAAAAUGAUGUAAAUUCAUUUUAAUUGAAAUUUUAAUAUCUCCUUUGCUCCAGUGAGACGAGUACAGACUUUUUUAAACGUUCUAAACAACCUGAGAGUGAUGACAUCAUGAUAUAGCAACUGAAUAAGAG